GCUACGCUCAAAGCGCUUUUAACUUUUGCUGUGUACGGACGUGUUUUCUUCGCUUGCGUGUCGAAUAACAUAUUCCCAAAUUGUGAUAAACAUUCCAUUGGCCAGAGUGCAACGAUAAGUUUCGGACCAAGUAAAAACGCGCCCUGCAAACCCGUUUCCAGCCCAAAAUCCAGCAACUUCAAACCACAACAACAACAACAAAUAUUAACAUGUCUUCGAAUCGUGCUCCAAAGAGUGGCUUUGCGGCCGAAGCGCAGCGUAAGAUCAACUCAAAGUACAGCGAGGAGCUGGCUCAGGAGUCGCUGGAAUGGAUCAAGGCCGUAACCGCAGAGCCCAUUAACACAUCCGGUGAUACGGACAAUUUCUUUGAAGUGCUCAAGGAUGGCGUGAUCCUGUGCAAGCUGGCCAAUGCUCUGCAGCCGGGCUGCAUCAAGAAGGUCAACGAGAGCAAAAUGGCCUUCAAGUGCAUGGAGAACAUCUCGGCAUUCCUCGAGUGCGCCAAGAACUUUGGUGUGCCCACACAGGAGACAUUCCAAAGCGUCGAUCUCUGGGAGCGUCAGAAUCUCAACUCUGUCGUCAUCUGCUUGCAGUCGCUGGGCCGCAAGGCAUCCAACUUCAAUAAGCCAUCGAUUGGUCCCAAGGAGGCGGACAAGAAUGUGCGCAACUUCAGCGAGGAGCAGCUGCGUGCCGGCCAGAAUGUGAUCUCUCUGCAGUAUGGCUCCAACAAGGGCGCCACUCAGUCGGGCAUCAACUUUGGCAACACCAGACACAUGUAGAGACCUGACCUCCAAUUACACACUUUCAGCACCUCCUCAUACACAAUAUAUAUAUAUAUACUUAUUAUAUGUAUCAACAUUCCGCAAUGAAGCCAAAACCAAAACCCCAAAUUCUCCCAUCUUCCAAAAAAUUGAAAGCAUCGUUUGAAAUGAAGAACUCUACUUAUAUAUUAUGUAAUGUGACGAUGAUGUAUUUAUAAAAAUGAGCUUCUACUACUUGUAUUCCAAUUUACCAUGAUUGCACCAGGCGUAAACUAUUCUUAAUUAUUAAUAUUAUUAAGUACUCGCAAAGUACGGAUGAGUUUUUUUAGAAUGAUAUAUUCUAUUUUCAACAAGUAAAGAUACACAAACAAAAACAACACAUAUAUUUAGUAUGCAAAUUUCACACCGCAUUCUUUUGGACACAUUUAUUAUUAAAGAACUAUACUUUACUAUAUAUUAUUAUUAUGGUUACAUAACUCAGAUUAGCACUCAAUUUGCGUGCCAUAAAUGUGUACACGUAUAACGAAAAUUCACGGGUUGCCUUGUGACUACUCCAAGUAACGAAUAUUGUAUUUCAAAUUCAAAAAUUGAAUCAGCAGAAAGAAACGAUUACAAAUCAAAACUGUUAAA